AUGCCACUUGCGUUCGAAGUCCCUGGCUGGAGCGUCCCCAGCUCACCAAUGGGCGGCCCGGGCCCCUCCAACUCGAAGAAGCGAAAACGGCCAACCAACGAGUCAACCGAGUCAAUUGACAUCCAGAAAUUCGUCCAACAGCAUGUCGAUGCAGACAACGCGUCGACCACCUCUCGUGUCAAAGCACUCGGAAAGUCACUGGUGAAAAAUACCAUAGAGCGCAAGCGUCAAAAGCAAGCGGAAAAACUUGAAGCCAAGAAAAAGACGAUCUCUCGACCCAAAGCUUUGAUGCCCACCGAGAAAGGCCAGAAAUCGCGUCCACCAUCCUCUAGCUCGACUGCUACCAAUACACGGCCAACGAAACGCCCAAAGCGAGCUCAUGAUGAAGAGCCCAACGAGAAAGCUUUGCCCAGCAUUCCCGAGGAGAGCCCUCGGUUAACAACAUUACAGCAAGAUAUGAGGAAAAGUCUCGACGGAGCAAAGUUUCGCAUUAUAAACGAAACACUAUACAAAUCGGAGAGCAAAGAGGCCUAUGACAUGAUGCAGAACGAUCCCAAGGUGUUUGAAGAAUACCAUCGUGGAUUCAGACACCAAGUGGAAUCGUGGCCAACAAACCCCGUUGAACAUUACAUUUCCGUCUUGUCCCAAUAUCCUUCCAAAACCACGAUCGCAGACUUAGGAUGCGGUGAUGCUGCGAUGGCCCGUGCCCUCACUCCCCAGGGUCUCAAUGUACUUUCUUUUGACCUUGUGUCAGAUGGAACGUACGUUGUGGAGGCAGACAUUUGCUCAAGAAUACCACUGCCAGGAAGCGAGCCGCCUUUGGGGGAGAAGACUUCAGGGGACGGUCAGGUUGUGGAUGUUGUUGUCUGCGCGUUAAGCUUGAUGGGGACUAAUUGGACUGGGUGUGUUCGGGAAGCUUGGCGGAUAUUAAGACCCGAUGGGGAACUCAAGAUUGCGGAGGUCGCCAGCCGUUUCACGGAUAUAGAGGACUUCAUUGGAGUCGUUUCUUCCGUUGGCUUCAAGUUGAAAUCAAAGAAUGAAGCCAAUACCCACUUCACGUUGUUCGAGUUCAAGAAGAUUGAACGUGCAGGCAAGAGAGAGAAGGAAUGGAGUGAUGUUCUACGACGAGGAGGAGUGCUGAAACCGUGCGAAUAUAAAAGGAGAUAA